AUGGGCAACACUGUCAGUGUAGUCGAGGAUAUCGGUAGGGGGGCAUCGGAAGUCGUCAAACAGAUCGAAACUGGCGUUGGUGCUGUUGGUCAAAGCAUCGGUGAUGUCUUUUAUCCUGACAAUCCGAACCGAAGAGACCGCGUCGACCAACUUCAAAACGACAUUAAAGCGAUGAAGAACGAAUUUGAGGGUCUGAAGAAGACAAUGGAAAAGCAACUCCGAAGCAUACAAGACAAGCUAGAUGAACUGCUCAAAGCGAACAACUUCGAAAACUUUGACGAAAUGGAUGCACAUAUGCAGAAGACUUUGCAUCCCCAGCUCUUGGCAGAAUGGAAUGCAUUCAAACAGACGCUGAAUCGUGACAUCGCUAUCGAGAACAUGAUUCUGACAGCAACAGGACUAAUCACCAUCGCAGCAGGCUUCAUCGCCUAUGGGUUAGCAUUUUGUGGCGCGAUCACAUUUGCUUCUGCUGGAACAGCUUUAGAGAUUGUUGGUGCCGUUGCUUUAGUCCUCGUCGCUGUUUUUGCUAUCCUUGCCAUCGUGGAUGCCCAUCAAGAACGACAGCACUUGCAAGAUGCGAUCAGGAAGCUUGCCUUUGCGCGCGUUGAAGCGAAACAAGCUCUGGAACAGAUGCGCACCUACACCGGAUUCCUAGGAAGCUUUGAAAUGUUUCUUUCGAGUAAAAUACUCAGCAAAGAUCCGACCGACUUUAAUGAGUUUACCAAUGGAAGCUUUAUAACUUCGUUGGAAGCCAUUGUUUGGCCCAAGGUUGUACAGAUGCUGAGGGAACUGGAUGACAACCGAAAAGAGCGUGCUUGGAGAAACGAAGAUCCAGACGUGUGGUCGCCUGGAUCCGACCAUAUCGAUCGAGUGGCAGAAACUCUCAAGAAGUACAAGGAUAAUAAUCGGGCGACUACAGCAAAUUCUAUGCCAAUGGCGAAGAUGGCUGCAAUGCAGACUCUAAGCUUAGUUCCUGAGUCGUUCAACACGGCUUUCACUGAGCCAAACCUCAAAGUGCCUGCUGGCGAUGAACAGCCGCUUCUCGAGUUUGUUCAUGAGAAAAUGGCACCUGACGAGGUCGUCAAACCACAUCAAUUUCGUCUUAACAAUUUCGAAUCCUUUACGGAUUGUGUCUGUGAGGAUGUAAACAAUGGCGAGACCUGGCGCAUUCAUGCCAAGAUGGACAUGAAACCAUCCGCAUCACUCAACAUCAAGGAUGUCAGAUUCUCCAUCACCAACAUGACCAAGGGUAUAACUUUCAACGAUGCUAGGAUUAAUCUCCUUGGUUAUGCAUGA